AUGAAUUUUUACUUUGAGGCUGCUAAGACGCUCGAUCGCCUAAAUGCUAAACAAGGCUCCGUGAAGUCAGUUCUCAGCACUUUGCCUGACAAAGACCGCAAGCGCACCGCUGCCCUUGUCAUUGAGACGCUCAAGUACAAGUCAGCGUUGACAGAUGUGAUUGUCGCGUCCAGGCUACUUGAAGAAGAGCGAAAGAUAACUUCACGUAGCCUCGCACUGGUCUUGGUGCAUGAUGUUCUGCUUUCAAAAGGCAUUCAAGCUGGCGACGGACCUAUCAAACAGGCCAUUCUGCGACAUAAGACAAGGCUCCACGCCGAGUUCAUUAAGAUCAAGAUAAAAAAUGGUGCAAAAGCCAACAUUGAACUAGCGCAAACAGGCGAUGCUAGAGCGGAACAAAUGCCUCGCUACGUUCGCGUCAAUACUUUGAAGACUUCAUUAGAAGAGACUAUCAAAUCGUACGUUUCAAAAGGCUAUGAAAUAGGCGAUCCACUCCAGGCAAAGAAAUUCGCAAAGGAUCAGCAUAUUCCAGACCUACUACUUUUCCCGCCACAAACACAGUUUCACGAAGAUCUUGCUUACACGAGUGGCAGGAUCAUCCUUCAGGAUAAAGCUUCGUGCUUCCCUGCUACGGUCCUCGCCCCUCCAGCGAGAGAUGAUUGUGUCGUCAUAGACGCGACAGCAGCUCCUGGAAACAAGACUUCACAUCUCAGCGCACUCAUGCAAAACAAAGGGAAACUAUUCGCUUUCGAACGGGAUCGGAGGAGGUUCUCUACUCUGAAGACCAUGCUUGAUAAAGCAGGCUGUCGGAACACGGAAGCCCUGAACAUCGACUUCCUCACUACAAAUCCCGAAGACAUUCAAUUCGCCGAAGUCACCCAUAUUCUUCUCGACCCAUCAUGCAGUGGUUCGGGCAUCGUCAAUCGCCUUGAUCAUCUCCUCGAACCAGAGGAAGUAAGUCAAGAAAACCUGGAAGGAAGACUAAACAAACUUUCAUCAUUUCAACUAAUGAUGAUUCGACAUGCGAUGAAAUUCCCUUCUGUUCAAAAAAUCGUGUACUCCACCUGCAGCAUCCACGCGAUCGAAAACGAACACGUUGUGCAGGAAGCUAUAAACAGCGCGGAGGCCCGCACAGGAGCGUUCAAACUCGCAUCUCCUGAUAUGGUCCUCCCGAACUGGCACCGCAGGGGACUACCGGACAAGCUCUCCAACCCAGUGGACGCCGCAGCUUUGGUGCGCUGCUCUCCCGGGGAAGAUGCGACAAACGGCUUCUUUGUUUCGUGCUUCAAAAGACGUGUCAUGGAAGGGAGUGGGGAUAAUGCGUUGUUCGAGCAGGGAAAGGGUCGGAGGCAUAAGAAGAGAAAAACGAAAGCGGGGAACGCGUGA